UAUAUAUAUACCAUCAGCACCAGGGAGAGGGAGAAGAAGAAACAGUACCAGUGCCAUUACGACGAUGAGCACGGCAAGGUUCAUCAAAUGCGUGACGGUCGGCGACGGGGCAGUCGGGAAGACCUGCAUGCUCAUCUCCUACACCAGCAAUACUUUUCCGACGGAUUAUGUCCCGACUGUGUUCGAUAACUUCAGUGCUAAUGUAAUAGUUGAUGGAAGCACAGUGAACCUUGGGCUUUGGGACACAGCAGGACAAGAGGACUACAAUAGGCUCAGACCUCUCAGUUACAGAGGAGCUGAUGUAUUUCUUUUAGCAUUUUCUCUCACCAGUAAGGCCAGCUAUGAGAACAUAUACAAGAAGUGGAUUCCUGAGUUGAGACAUUAUGCUCCAAAUGUGCCGAUUGUGCUAGUUGGGACUAAACUUGACUUACGUGAAGACAAGCAAUUUUUCAUUGAUCACCCUGGGGCAACACCUAUCACAACUGCACAGGGAGAAGAGCUAAAGAAAAUGAUAGGUGCGGCUGUCUACACAGAAUGUAGUUCCAAGACUCAACAGAAUGUGAAGGCUGUAUUUGAUGCUGCAAUUAAGGUGGUUCUUUGUCCACCAAAGCCAAAGAAAAAGACCAGAAAGCAGAGGACCUGUUUCAUUCUAUAAACACAAAGGAUGAUGUUUGUCAUUACAAGAAUAGCGUAACAUUUUCAUUUUCUCCUUCUGUUUCUUGACUUUUCCUGAUGGAUGAACUGUGAUGAGUGCUUUAAUAGUUUGUCUACGAAAAUGUAUCUGUCACACUAAUUCUUUUACUCUAUUAUGUGGAUCUCCUUAUCAAAGAUUUGAAAGUAAA